UUGAUGAAAAAUUUGUUGCUUCAUGUCAACCAGUCGGCUGUAUUUUUAAUUAUUUUUUCAAAACAACUACAACAAGAAUACUAUUUUUUUGUUAGCUAGAUAUUUUUUAACAUUUAAGCAGCAGUCAAUCAUGGAUUUCAUUGCAUCCGAAAAAGGGGACACGACAGAAAAUCUAGAUCCAAAUUCAUCAGUAUCCAAUGGCAAUUCAAAACCUGACGUAGAAAGCAAACCAUGUGUUGAUAAUGGAAAAGCGCACAUCGAAGCUCCCACAGAGAUCGCUGCUUGCAGUUCAGAAUCAACAGAAGACUCUGCGCUAUGUGAGAUACCAGAACAAGUCGAAUUUACCGUAGUUUUUAACAAAAAUAAACAUGACAUAACAUUUGCAUAUGAUGCUACUGUGCUAGAACUUAAAGCUCAUUUAGAGAGGAUAUGCGGGGUGCCUCAAUCAGCACAGAAACUAAUUAUCAAAGGUAUGGCCCGGGAUAAUCUGACCUUGAGAAGCUCAGGAAUAGUUAAAGGUGGCAAAGUCAUGCUAGUUGGAUCUAAAAUGGAUGACAUAUUGGCUGUGAAGAGUGCACCAAAGGAAAUUCAAGAUGAAAAAAAUAAUAGUCAGUCAAAUAAGGAGCCACUAUGCAUGCAAAAAAUUCACAGAAAAGUUCUCGAUAAAGGCAUUCCACCAGAUGUGAUGCCUGGAAUCAAAGGUGUAAAGGAACCACUUCCACCAGUGCCAUUAAGUGGAAUGUUAAACAAACAUGGAGGCAAAGUGAGGCUAACAUUUAAACCUGAACAGGAUCAGCUGUGGCUUGGUACCAAAGAGCGCACUGAAAAACUUGCCAUGACGUCCAUUAAAAGUAUCACAUCUGAGCCUAUUAAAGAACAUGAAGAAUAUCACAUUAUGGGCUUACAACUUGGUCCCACAGAAGCAUCCAGGUAUUGGGUGUACUGGGUACCUGCACAAUAUAUUGAAGCCAUAAAAGAUGCAGUGUUUGGAGUCUGGCAGUUCUUUUAAUUAAAAAACCCAUUAAAUCUGUCUACUGUAUCUACCACAUGUGAGCUACUUGGGUAGUUGCAAUAUAUUUAAAAUUAUGGAUGUGAAUGUUGUACCCUAGCACACUUAUGUAUAUUCCACAUUUUAUAUAUAGAAGUUCAUAUUAAUGAUUGACUUAUACAAUUUUACAAUAAUGAUAAGCUAAAUAAUAGUGCUAGGGAUCUCUCUCUUAUACAAACACCGUCUUAAUUAUUUAUAUCAUAUUUUAAUUCUAAAUUGUAUUUCUUUUUAAAAAACAUUUUACAAUAAAAGUUAUUAUCAGUUUAUAUAUUAUAUUGUUCCUGUACUGAAAAUUUGGUACUGUUCGUUUUGUGAUAUAAUUAUGCUAUGUCAAUUAAAAAUUGUCCAUUGAUAAUUUGGCAUCUGUCUGGUCAAGCGAAAGAAUUAUAUUUUUUUGCUAUUGUAUAAUUGCAUUUUAUGCAUUUGGGUUUUAGAGCUGUACAAUAUUGCUAUAAUGGAAUGACAUGCUAAAACAACAGAGCAUUCAUGACUCAUGAGCUUAUUGUCCCUCGUGUUUGGAAACCUGAUCUCUAUUUGAACUUUAUAAAAUUCAUUCACAGUGAAGGAUUGGUCCGAACACUGCAACAACUUCUUAAUCAUCUUUAUGAUCUUUUACUACAAUUAUUCUGUAUAUUUAACUCUAUUCGUGCAUUUUUUCCU